AUGUGGGGAGGAACAGGAAUACUACUCAUUUGCACCCUUACUCUCCUUCCAACAAUCCAUGGCUUCAAGAAUCCAUAUGAUGUGCUUGGAGUUCGUAGGAAAGCUGAUAUACAAGAAAUAAGAAAAGCUUACAAGCAGCUUGCAAAGGAAUGGCACCCUGAUAAAAACAAUGAUCCAGAAGCUGAGAGCAAGUUUGUUGAGAUCACAAAGGCUUAUGAAUUGUUAUCUGAUCCCGCAAGGAGAAAGAAAUUUGAUGACCAUGGUAUUACAGAAGAUACAUCAAAUCUUGAUGAGCGUCCUGACUACUCUAAAUUUCAUAGAUUUGCCUUUGAUGAGUUUGAAGAUUUUUUUGGGUUUGCUGGAAAAGGAUUCAAUUUUUUCCAAAAUGGUGACUCACUGUAUCACAAGAUGACCAUCACUGGAAAACAUUUUGAGAAUCAUAUUAAACCUGAGAGUUAUAAGAAGCCAUAUGUCAUCUUAUUUUAUUCAGACAUGUGCUUUUCUUGUGUCCAUGCUGAACCAGUUUGGAGGAAAAUUGAUGAAGAAAUGUCAUUCAUUGGGAUUGGCACUGCUACAAUGCACGCAGGGCAUGAGCGAGCAAUAGCCAAGAAAAUUGGUAUUUCAAGUCUACCUGGGAUUGUUGUUACCAUUGAUGGCCAAAGCUGGGUGUACAAAGAGAACAUGCUGAGUUCCGCAAAAGUGAUGGAGUUUGUCAAACGAAGGUUUCAUGCUAAUCUUAUAGAAACUCUGAAUGAAGAUACAAUCUCCCCAUUCCUUCAAGGCUGGACAGAUAAUCGUGUGAGAAUUAUCAUCUUUGCAAAGUUGCCAAAUCCUAGGCUAAGGUACACGGUGAUUGCACAUCAGUACCAGGAGAGAGCUGCAUUUGGAUAUGUGAAGGUGGCCACUGAAGAGGGUAAGAGGAUCAUGGACAAAUAUGGAGUUGAAGGAUAUGGUGAUACUGUGCUUUUGUUCAAUGAGAUUACCGAGCGACCAGUUGCUAGUCUGAGCAUGUCAGAAAUACCAGUGAAUACAUUGAGGAGCAUGAUUGAGAGUAACCAGUACUUGAUACUUCCUAGACUAUCCAACCAGCAGUUGUUUGACACCAUGUGCCCUGCGGAAGCAUCCCGAUACCGGAAACACCUAUGUGUAGUUCUACUAACCAGUGACAAGACAGAACACGAACCAUAUCGUACCAUGAUGCGGGAAUUUGCUCUUAACCAUGAUUAUUCAAAAAGGGUCAAAUUUCUAUAUCUCCUUGUCAAUAAACAGGAACCCUUUGUCACUACCCUGAUUGAAAAUCCUGGAAAUAUUGGAGAUCCUAACCUAAAAGUUGUUAUCAUAUGGAGAAAGGAAGAUCUGGUUGUAAAAUAUGAGUGGCUAUCCAUUUCAUGGGAUGUGGCUACUGAGAGAGCCAACCUAUCCAAGUCAGAACUAGAAAAGACCAUUCAUCGACUGCUUCAAGCUGAAGAGGUCCUCUUAUAUGAAGUCAAGAUUGACCAUCUCCUUGAUGAGCAUGCUCCUAGUCUAACAGGGAAGAUCAUGACCAAGUUUCUUCUGGCUUGGGAUACCCUGCAGGAAAGUGUGGCCAAAGAAGAUCUCAUCCCAGCUUUGUCUGUGUUUGGCACAGUUAUUUUCAUCAUUGUGAUUGGAUAUUUUAUGUCAUACCUCAUGCGAAUGGAAGAGGAAUCCAUACAGAAGCGUAGAGCAGAAAACAGUAAUUCAGCUACAGGUAGUAAGCCAAAACCUCCUCCAGAACCACAGUUGAAGAUCCAUGAGCUUCGUGGUGAGACAUAUAAUGGUCUUAUACGGCUUUUAAAGCCCGGUUGUCGCACUCUUGUCAUCAUCCUUGAUAAGAGCUCUAUGAAGCCCUUACUCUUGAAGUUUCAUCGUGCAAUGUGGCCAUAUCGGAAGAACAAAACCCUUAUGUUUGCCUAUCUUCACGUGGACAGGGGUUUGGAUUGGUUCAAGAAAUUGCUUUACUUGGCCAUACCAGAAUUGGAUGGUGUGGACCUAAACAUCAACCCCAAGAAUGUUCUUGGCACUGUUCUGUCACUGAAUGGGCAUCGGAAAUACUUUUGCAUGUAUCAUGCCAAGUAUCGAGACCAUGGCUUUAAUCAGAAAGGGUCUGGUGCUUUCAUGGGAUUUGAAGAUAGUCAGUCAUCAGAUGAAGAUGUAGAAGCUCCAUCUCAGCAGAAGGAAACUGAGAGAAUUUUUGAUCAGUAUGAAAGCGAUAUUCUCUUCAUUGAACAUCUUCUGGAUGCAUUGCCAAACUGGCUUGAUCGGCUCUUUGAAGGGACAACAAAGCGCUACCAUGUGAACUAUUGGCCUGAUUCAAUAGGGAAGUGA